UCUUCCGGUGAAGCCGGCGAAGUUAUUGAAAGAAACAGGAUGAGUAAUUCGUUAGGACUUUUUCUCGGCGGGAUUUUCGCUCUUGUCGUCGCAGGAUACAUUGCUCAAAGUCGUCUUCCACCUCCCAAACCUAGAAUUAUCGGCAUAGAUUUAGGAACGACAUUUUCUUGUGUAGGGGUUUACCAAGCAAUCACAGGACAUAUUGACAUACUGGCGAAUGAAAACGGCACUAAAGUUAUUCCAAGCGUUGUUGCCUUUACUAAUGAAGGAGUCUUGGUGGGAAAAAGAGCCUUAGAUCAAGCUGAACUGAAUCCAAGAUCUACGAUAUACGAUGCAAAGCGAUUUAUUGGAAAGACGUUUACGAAAGAAGACUUAGAAAAGUUGUCCUCUCUCUACCAGUUUAAAAUCACUUCUGACGAAAAGAACAAUCCGAAGUUCGUGGUCGAAAGUCAUGGCAACGUUACUUUAGUUUCGCCAGAAGAGAUUGGCGCAGCUAUUUUAAGGGAGUUGAAGAUAACUGCCGAAAGAAAUAUCACUAGGGCAGUGAAUCAAGCUGUAAUGUCGGUGCCAGCAGAAUUCAAUAUGGCACAAAGAAAUGCAACGAUCAGGGCUGCUGCUCUCGCUGGGAUCAAAGUUGUACGGCUCAUAAAUGAGCCCACAGCGGCAGCAAUGGCAUAUGGACUUCAUAAAAAGGAACGAGUUUCUAAUGUCAUGGUCGUUGACUUGGGUGGUGGCACACUAGAUGUUUCAUUGCUAAACAUCCAAGGGGGGAUGUUUGUAACUAUGGCCAUGGCGGGUAACAACCGUCUUGGUGGUCAAGAUUUCAAUUCAAGACUUAUGUCUUACCUUAUGGCUGUCAUAAAAGAUAGGUUUGGUGAAGAACUUACAAAUGCCGAAGACAUACAGCGUCUAAGACAAGAAGUUGAAUCAACGAAAAUUAACUUGACGACAGAGGGAGCAGUGGUAGUGAAACUUCUUUUGCCUUCUCUGAAUCAUAGAGACAAACAUGUUAUUUUCGAGGAAACAAUCACAAGAUUGACUUUUGAAAAGUUGAAUGAUGACUUGUUUCAAAGAGUACUGCAACCUAUUCAAAGGGUUUUAAAAGAAGUUGAUCUUCCAAAGGAAUAUGUUGAUGAAGUGGUUCUAGUUGGAGGGUCGACAAGGAUUCCCAAAGUGCGGCAGAUUAUUGAAGAGUACUUUGACGGAAAGAAACCUAAUGUUGCCAUAGACCCAGAGCUGGCAGUAGCCACUGGGGUGGCAAUACAGGCUGGCAUUAUUGGUGGAAUGUGGCCUCUUCAGGUGUCAGCCUUGGAACUUCCUAAUCACAAUCUCAGAAAGAUUCAGAUUGAGUCUUAAUUUGUUGAUGAUAAUCUUUUAGACUAAUAGAACCAAAGAGAUCAUAAACUUAUUACAGAAAGUACUUUUAUCAUUUAAUGGAGAUACACUGGCAAAAACAACUAAGCAAAACUUGCCAAUCACUUGAAACAACUUCUUUACCAGAUCCUGAACAUCAUUCAGACACCAACAGCAGAAUUGGCUGCAUUUUUCCUUACUAAUUAUCACACAUUUCAGUUCAUCUAAAUAGUAUACAUUUGGUAAAAGCCAUCCGGAGGAACUCUAAUAUUGUAGAAAUUUAUGCAAGCAUGGCAAUUCAGAGAACUAUAAAUCUUUUUGGGUAAUCAAGAUUUAUAAUAAAGUAUCAAUGAAGCUAUUCCCUUUGUAAAGUAAAAAGUUAUUUAAUACUUAGGCACAUUCCAUGAGCCAAAAGUCUGUUGUUAGAUUGUCCACUUCACAAGUCUCAAUUUUAUUUAUUCUAAAAAUUGAAUUUCUGGCAACCAAUUAUUAUUUUUAUAGAGGUUUAAAAUCAUAAAAAAUUUUACUUCAGAACAAUACUUAUUAAAAAGAGUUUUCAGUUUCUAAGAAAUGAUACUUAAAUCAUAUCAGAUAGUGAUGAUAAUAUAAAAUUUCUCUCACGCAGGUCAUGAGAGUUUCAGGAAUACUCACACAAUUGGCCAUGAUAAAUGAAAUUUGAAAACAAAUUUUCCAGGGCUGUAAACAGUAAAACCCUUCCAAAAAAGUUGCCAUGAUUGUUCCUUGAGAUUUUGAUGUAACUCUUUUUCCUCAUGCCACAUGGUAACAAAUUGUGAAUCAAGUGCAACAUAUAUGUUUUAUUUAACAAAGACAGUGAGUUAUGUAAUUUGAAAAAUUCUAUGACAUUCACAGUAUGAAACUCUGAUAGUGUGACUUUGCAGAGUUGCUGUUGAAAUUAUUUUAAAUUAAUAAUUUCCCCUCUUAAGUUGAAUGUAUUAUCCAAUAUACAGAUAACAAGAAUGGACAAAGGUUUUAGCUGUAAGGUGUUACAUCAAAUCAUGAUAGAAAAUUUAUUUCCUAAAUUAAAAGAGAAUGUUUCACAGCUAGAAGGCUGUUCAAGGGACUUGAAACAAAUACUUCUUAGAAAAGCUACUGAAAUGCCAGAAAUCAGAGAGAACAUCACGUUACAUCCUCUGAGAGAAUAUUUCGUUCAAAUUACAUAAAAUAUAUGUAUAUUAUGAACACAGUGAGAAAACUUAGUGCAUCACAAACUACAGGUAGAUUUAUCUCAAGAAGUUAUGAAUAAAAGAAGUUAAGACA